GCAGUGGUCGCUGGCCCCUGUCUGUCGGGGGCCAAGCUGCCCGAGGGAAGCGUGUCUGGUGUCUUCGUGUUCCCUCUGACCAGGCCGGACGGUGUGUCGGGUCGGAGGGAGUCCGAGCAGCCGCAGGAGGAGCCGCUGAUGUUGUUGAAUGUUGGACCGAGGAGAUCUCAGCCAGGCCAGAGGAGAGAGCCCCGGAAGAUCAUCACUGUGUGUGUGAAGGAGGACGUGCACCUGAAGAAGGCAGAGAACGCCUGGAAGCCGAGCCUGAAGAGAGAGAGCCAAACCGAGGACCCGGAAAACGUCAAAACGCAGGAGCUGUUCCGCAAGGUACGAAGCAUCUUGAACAAGCUGACGCCCCAGAUGUUCAAUCAGCUGAUGAAGCAGGUGACAGACCUGACGGUAGACACGGAGGAGAGGCUGAAAGGAGUCAUCGACCUGGUCUUCGAGAAGGCCAUCGAUGAGCCCAGCUUCUCGGUGGCCUACGCCAACAUGUGCAGGUGUCUCGUGACGCUGAAAGUGCCCAUGGCCGACAAACCUGGGAGCACAGUAAAUUUCCGCAAGUUGCUGUUAAACCGCUGCCAGAAGGAGUUUGAGAAGGACAAGGCGGAUGACGACGUCUUUGAGAAGAAGCAGAAGGAACUGGAAGCUGCUACCACUCCGGAGGAGAAGACACGGCUCCACGACGAGCUGGAAGAGGCCAAGGACAAAGCCCGACGGAGAUCCAUUGGGAAUAUAAAAUUCAUUGGGGAGCUUUUCAAGCUGAAAAUGCUGACGGAGGCGAUCAUGCACGACUGCGUGGUAAAGCUGCUGAAGAACCACGACGAGGAGUCCCUCGAGUGCCUUUGCCGCCUGCUCACUACCAUUGGCAAGGACCUGGACUUCGAGAAGGCAAAGCCUCGCAUGGACCAGUAUUUUAAUCAGAUGGAGAAGAUUGUGAAAGAGAGGAAAACGUCUUCCCGGAUUCGGUUCAUGCUUCAGGAUGUCAUAGACCUAAGGCUGUGCAACUGGGUGUCCCGGCGGGCAGACCAGGGCCCGAAGACCAUCGAGCAGAUUCAUAAAGAAGCCAAGAUUGAAGAACAGGAAGAACAGAGGAAGGUCCAACAACUCAUGACCAAAGACAAGAGGAGACCAGGUGUCCAGCGGGUCGAUGAAGGCGGUUGGAACACUGUGCAGGGGGCAAAGAACAGCAGAGUGCUGGACCCCACCAAGUUCCUUAAAAUCACCAAGCCCACAAUAGAUGAGAAGAUUCAGCUUGUGCCUAAAGCCCAGUUGGGCAGCUGGGGAAAGGGCAGCAGUGGGGGAGCCAAGGCCAGCGAGAUGGACUCCUUACGACCAAGUGCCACUAGUUUGAACAGAUUUUCUGCACUGCAGCUUCCAGUCUCACCUGUAUCUGCCUCAUCCGCAUCCUCAGAACUAGAUUCUCGCAGGGCCUUAACGAGUCGCGGGAGCACGGGCAGGGAGAAGAACGACAAACCUCUCCCGCCUUCCCUCUCCCGUCCCAACACCUUCCUACGGGGCAGCAGCAGUAAGGAGCUGCUGCUCGACAAUCAGGCACAGGAGGAGCAGCGGAGAGAGAUGCUGGAGACGGUGAAGCAGCUGACGGGCGGCAUGGAGAUGGACAGAAACAGCACAGAGGCAGAGAGGAGCAAAGCCAAGGAAUCUGCCAAGCCAGAAGCUCCCCCAGCUCCAGCGCAAGAGAAGCCUUCGCUAUCCGAAGAGGAAAUAGAGAGGAAAUGCAAAUCUAUCAUUGAUGAGUUCUUGCAUAUUAAUGACUUUAAGGAGGCAAUGCAGUGCGUGGAGGAGCUGAGCGCCCAGAGCCUGCUGCCUGUUUUCGUGCGAGUGGGAGUGGAGUCGACGCUCGAGAGGAGUCAGAUCACCAGGGAUCACAUGGGCCAGUUAUUACACCAGUUGGUGCAGUCGGGAAAGCUGAGCAAGCAGGAUUUCUUCAAGGGUUUUGCAGACACCUUGGAGAUGGCGGACGACAUGGCCAUCGAUAUACCCCAUAUCUGGUUGUACCUAGCUGAGUUGGUGACCCCCGUGUUAAAAGAAGGAGGAAUCUCUGUGAGAGCACUCAUACAAGAAUUUAGCAAACCUUUGCUUCCUGUGGGAAGAGCCGGCGUCUUGCUUGCUGAAAUCUUGCACCUUCUAUGCAAACAAAUGAGCCAUAAGAAAGUGGGAGCCUUAUGGAGGGAGUCUGGCCUCAGUUGGAAGGACUACUUACCCGACGGGGAGGAUGUACCUACCUUUCUCAUGGAGCAGAAGUUGGACUUCAUGGAGUCUGACUGUUCCGGUUCCUCAGAAGCACUUUCCGAGAAAGACCUCUCUGCGGAAGAGCUGACCAAGCAGCUAGAGAAACUCAUUGUUGAGGACAAGGCGAACGACGAACAGAUCUUUGACUGGGUAGAGGCCAACCUAGAUGAGAGCCAGAUGAGUUCACCUACAUUCCUUAGAGCUUUAAUGACAGCAGUUUGUAAAGCAGCUAUUAUAGCGGACUCUUCCAGCUUCCGUGUGGACACUGCUGUUAUCAAACAGAGAGUGCCGAUCUUACUCAAGUACCUAGACUCAGACACAGAGAAGGAACUACAAGCACUUUAUGCACUACAAGCAUCCAUAGUAAAACUUGAUCAACCUCCUAGUAAGUGUUGCCCUGGGGGUGUGCACCUGGCAGCCUAA